GCGCCGAAAGCUCUGGAACUGUCAACGCAAUCACCCCGCGCGGGCUGGACAGAGCAGGGCCGCCGCUGCUGCGGUUGGAAGUUUCUGGAAAGUUCGCUGAAAAGCGAUAUAAAUGGGUCGCGAGUACGAAAAUAGUGCACGCGCUCUGAAUUACCGACACUGACUGGACUGACACACACAGGCGGGUUUGUUUAUUUGUUUAUCUGACCUGAACACACCGCUCUAUGUACGGAGGAGCGUCCAGGAUGGCCGUUGUGGGCUUUGAUGUGGGAUUUCAGAACUGCUGUAUUGCUGUGGUCAAAAGCGGAGGAAUCGAGACCGUGUCCAAUGAAUUUACGGACAGAUGCACGCCAGCUGUUGUGUCAUUUAAUUCAAAGAGCAGAUCCAUUGGUAAUGCUGCAAAAAACCAGAUGAUAACCAAUACUGCCAGCACAGUCUCUCAUUUUAAGAGACUACAUGGCAGAUUGUUUCAGGAUCAUUCUGUGCAAGCAGAGAAGGCUAGUUUACAGUAUGACCUGGUACCACUAAAUGAUGGGAAAGUUGGAGUCAAGGUCAUGUAUCUCGACCAGGAGCACCAUUUUAGCAUCGAGCAGGUCACGGCUAUGUUGUUGACCAAAUUGAAAGACAUUGCAGAAGCUAAUCUGCAGAAGAAAGUGGUGGAGUGUGUCAUCUCUAUCCCCUCAUUCUUCACUGAUUCAGAAAGGAGGUCUGUGCUGGAUGCUGCCAAGAUUGCCGGCUUGAACUGCCUGAAGCUAAUGAAUGACAGCACUGCAGUGGCGUUAAACUAUGGCAUAUACAAGGAGGAUCUUCCAGGCUGUGAUGAGAAUCCAAAGAUUGUGGCAUUUGUGGACAUGGGCCACUCAGCUCUCCAGGUCUCUGUUUGUGCUUUCAACAAAGGCAAACUUAAGGUGCUGUCGACCGCCUUUGAUCCUUAUUUGGGAGGGAAAGACUUUGAUCAGAGGCUGGUGGAAUACUUCUGUGCCGAAUUUAAGUCCAAGUACAAGAUGGAUGUAAAGUCCAAGGCUCGAGCUGUGUUGCGACUGACACAAGAGUGUGAGAGACUCAAGAAACUGAUGAGCAGCAACUCCACAGACAUUCUCCUCAACACUGAGUGCUUUAUGGACGAUAAAGACGUAUGUGGGAAAAUGAACAGGGCCAAAUUUGAGGAGCUAUGUGCUGACCUGAUCGAGAGAGUGAUGGUUCCUUUGAUGACGGCUGUAGAACAGGCUCAAGUGCGGCUUCAGGACAUCAGUGCUGUGGAGAUUGUAGGGGGAGCCACACGGAUCCCUGCUGUAAAGGCCCAGAUCAGUAAGUUCUUCAGGAGGAAUGUGAGCACUACAUUGAAUGCAGAUGAAGCAGUGGCCAGAGGCUGUGCGUUACAGUGUGCCAUGCUCUCUCCUGCAUUCAGAGUGCGAGACUUCUCCAUCACAGAUGCUAUCCCAUUCCCUGUUUCACUUUCCUGGACCAGUGAAGCAGAUGAAGGCAAAUCCUGUUACGAGAUAUUUGGCAGGAAUCAUCCCUGUCCGUCAGCCAAAAUGAUCACGUUUUACAGGAGCAAGCCUUUCGUUCUGGAAGCUUUUUAUUCAGAUCUGACAUUGCUGCCCUUUCCUGAGGCGAAGAUUGCUGAAUAUAAAGUGCAGAACAUUCAACCGCAGGAGAAUGGAGAAAAAGCAAAGGUGAAAGUAAAAGUUCAAGUAAACGCCAGUGGUAUAGUCAGCGUGAGCUCAGCUACUAUGGUCCAGAGGGUCAGCUUAAACAAAUCUGAAACCACAGAAAUAAAUGAGAUUUACAGUCAUGACGGCUCUGAUGAUAUUGACAUAGAGGACAAGAUACAAGAGGCAAAUAUUCAGCACUCGGUAGACAAAGAAAACCUGCCAAAAGCACAGUGUCCCCCCAUGGAAAAAGAGCAGAAUCAAACAGAUGCACUGAGUAUGAAUGGAGAAGUAAACAAUCACCCCCCUGAUGCUAAAAAAGCUAAGAUGAGGGUCAAGCAUGUUGUUCUGCCCAUUGAGGAGACGUUUACCCAGCAGCUACCAAAGGAUUGCAUCAGCACUUACAUGGAGCAGGAGAGCAAAAUGAUACAGCAAGACUGCCAGGAGAAAGAACGCAACAACGCUAAAAAUGCAGUGGAGGAGAAUGUCUAUUACUACAAACACAAACUGGAGGGCCCCUAUCAGACAUUCAUAAAUGCUCAAGACCAUCAGACGUUCUCAGAGCUUUUAAAUGGCACAGAGAACUGGCUGUACGAAGAAGGAGCAGACCAAGAUAAGCAGACGUACAUUAACAAGCUGGAAGAAAUACACAAGCUGGGUAAGCCUGUGCAAAACAGAUACCAGGAGUCCAUACUGAGGCCUAAAAUGUUCGAGGAGCUGUCGGCUAAAAUACAAAGCUACAUGACUAUUAUGGAGGAGUAUAAGAAUGGACUUUUUCAGAAUGACAGUUACGGUCAUAUCGACGCCAUGGACAUGGACAAGGUCAGAGUGUGUGUUGAAGAUACACAAGUGUGGAUGACAAACAUAAAGGAUUCUCAGGAUAAACGCACACCGGAUCAGGAACCUGCCAUACACAGCACUCAGAUCCAAGAGAAAUUACAGGCACUCAACAACAUUUGUGAGGAAAUAGUUUCCAAACCCAAGCCCAGAGUUGACUCUCCCAUGGAAGACAACAUUCAACCAGAGCGGCCGCACAACAGAAAAAGCCCAGAAGACGUGACUAUGGAAUACACUGAUUUUGUUCAAAAUGAAGCAAAAAACAGCCAUGCCAAUAUUUAACGGCUUAUCAUAUUGGUAAAACAAUACGACUGGAUUGCAUAUAAUGUGGUCGCUGAUGCAUCAUUCAGUCAUAUAAACUGAUUAAUGAAGCUUUUUGUUUCUUAUUUUUGAUGUUAAGAGGCACAUUCGAAGAAUGUUUCUUAUGUUCAGAGUGAUAUGAUUUUCGUAUUCACCUUCAUAUAGCAUCUUGAAAUCCGCAGAAGCUCCACCUUCUCCACAGUUUCAGUCUCUAAGCUGUCCAAAUAAAUUCUGACUAUAAAGUCCCAGUCCCAUUGAUAAAAACGAUGAAAAUCAUAAUAUAUAAAAAUAUAAAAUAAUAUGCUUUAAUGCCUGUUUUAGAUGUAGAUGAACAGGAAAAAACAGCAACUGUAUUGACAGUUUUACUGCACUAAGAGAAAGUUCAUACUGAAACUGUGGCUCUAAAAGUGAAAGCUUGCAAUAUCAGAAAUGGAUGUACAAGAGCUGCUGCUACACGCUUGACUGUUCCGCUUUAUUUUCGCUGUGCGUUCAAUAGGAUAUGUCAUUAUGAAUUCACGAUUUAUUUAUAGCACAUACUGACAGCAGUAUCCGUGCAGGUGAAAACACACCCAUCGUCUUUGUGAAAUUUGCUGAUGCAGAGAAUUGAUGUUUGUUCCUUUGUGUUGUGCCUGAAACUUUCACCUUAAGUUGGAAAUUGUAAUAAAAACUUUAUAUUCCACAUUU